UCAGACUGCAGCCAAACAGCUGAAUUGCAAUUUGGAGAAUACCAGUUCCAUUUCAGGCAUCUCAAUUGGGCAUCCAAACGCACUGCUAAGGUAUUCGGAUCUCAGAAUUCAGAGGGAGAGCUGUAGGAUGGAGUGAAAAUUUCGGACAAGAGAGCUCAAAUCUCCUCCUCACUCCUCUCGCACGUGCCUAUCCGCCCCGCCGUGGCCCCCCUCACUCGCGGGCACACAGUCCAAGCUUCCACCACCGUUUCCGCCUCCGCCGGCGCCGGCGACGAUGCCUCGCAAGGCCUCGUCCUCCUCAGAUGCGAAGCUCAAGUGGCGGAAGCGGAAGCGCUCACAGGACACCUCCCCAUCGAAGCAGUCCGGCGGGGCCGACCACUCCGACGACUCUGACUCCGCAGCGGCGAACGACGAAGACGACGCGCUCCACGGCUCCGCCAACGGGGGCGAAACCCUAGGCGCCCGUGGCGGUGAUGACGACACCGUGCCCGACCUCCGGGAGGCGGAGGUGCUCUCCUCAGCGGAGCCCGUCUCUGGCUUCCCCUCGGCUACCCGCCGCACUAUCAGCCGGCUCCAUCCCUCUGUGCUUGCAGUUAUCGCCGCUGAUCGUGCCUUGGCGGCUGGUGCCAGCUGUGCUUCGGCUCCGCCUGCACCCGCGCUGGAGAACAUUUCGCACGGGCAGCUCCAGGUGCUAGCAGCCAUGCUCCCUGACCACCCAUCCCUGUCCAACGACCCUGACAAGCCGUCCUCCUAUGUCUGCACCGUGCCUCCACUCAUGGAAUGCCAAGGCGUGCCCAAGCAGUUCUACAGCAAGUUACUCGUCGUCCCCAGACACGCAGAUUGGUUCUCGCCGGCGACUGUACACAGGUUGGAGAGGCAGGUGGUGCCACAUUUCUUCUCAGGGAAGUCCCCAGGGCAUACACCAGAGAAGUACAUAAUGCUGAGGAAUAAGGUGAUUGUGAAGUAUUUGGAGCGCCCGUCAAGGAGACUUGCAUUUGCUGAGUGCCAGGGGCUUGUUACAAGCACGGCUGAAUUGUAUGACCUGAGUCGGAUAGUCAGGUUCUUGGACACUUGGGGGAUUAUUAAUUACCUCGCGGCUGGAUCUGUGCACCGGGGCUUGAGGCUGGCAUCAUCUUUAAUCAGGGAGGAGCAAACAGGGGAGCUGCAGCUGGCGUCUGCACCAUUGAAGUCAAUUGAUGGUCUGAUUUUGUUUGAUCGGCCAAAAUGCAGUGCCCGAGCAGAGGAUAUCGCUUCUGUGGCAUCAACUUCGUCUGCUCUGGAGGUGCCAAAUGGUGAUACUGGCUUUGCAGACUUGGACGAAAAGAUUUGGGAGAGGCUGUCUGAGAACUUCUGUAGUUAUUGUUCACAACCUUUGCCCAGUUUGCACUAUGAAUCACAAAAGGAGGCAGACAUUGCUCUUUGCUUGGAUUGCUUCCAUGAUGCAAGAUUUGUUCCUGGGCACUCAAGCUUAGAUUUUGAGAGAGUGGAUGGAACGAAAGAUGGAUCAGACAAUGAUGGGGACAGCUGGACUCACGAGGAAACUUUACUGUUGCUGGAGGGCUUAGAGAAGUACAAUGAUAACUGGAAUGCUAUUGCUGAACAUGUCGGAACAAAGUCUAAGGCGCAAUGUAUUCACCAUUUUAUUUGUAUUCCAGUGGAAGAUGGUCUGUUAGAGAGCAUUGAAGUACCAGAAGCAUCUGUUUCAUCUAGAGUACAAAGCAAUGGCUUUUCAUAUUCAAAUUCCAAUGGCGGCAUUUCAGGUAGCGUUCCUCAAAGUAGCCAACCUGGACAACAGCUUCCAUUUGUUAAUUCCGCUAAUCCAGUCAUGUCACUGGUUGCAUUUUUGGCCUCUGCAGUAGGACCAAGAAUAGCAGCAUCCUGUGCAAAUGCAGCACUAUCUGUUUUGACAAGAGAUGAUUCCAGGAUGUGUUCAGAAGGCAAUGAUGUCAUGGGUCAAGCUGCUCGUCCAAACUAUGAUGCCUCAUCAUCCGUCUCUCCCGAAAACGUCAAAUACGCUGCAAUGUGUGGCUUGUCAGCAGCGGCAACAAAGUGCAAACUCUUUGCAGAUCAGGAGGAGCGUGAAAUUCAGAGAUUAGCGGCCACCAUCAUAAAUCACCAGUUAAAGAGAUUGGAGUUGAAGCUGAAGCAAUUUGCAGAGGUGGAGACCUUGCUUUUGAAGGAAAGCGAGCAGGUUGAGAGGGCCAGGCAGAAUCUUACAGCCCAGCGUGUCCGGUUUAUGUCGGCUCGAUUUGCUUCCUCCGGAGGUCCCAUGCCCGGAGGCAGCAGCAGCACCAUGGCAUCAAAUCCAAUGAGUCAAGCCAGCCCUCGAUCACCAGCAAUGCCAGGCUCAAUGCCACCGGCCAGCAUGCAAGCGUUUUACAGCAAUAACAUGCAGGGGCAUCCAGCCCAGAUGGCUUUCUUGCAGCAGCAACAGCGGCAACAACAGCAGCAGCAGCAGAUGCUCUCAUUUGGGCCGCGCCUGCCGCUCUCAGCUAUCCAUCCCGGCUCAUCGUCAUCAGCAGCACCCAGCGUCAUGUUCAACCCGGGCAUGCCCAGUUCGGCUACCCCUAACCAUCACUCCAUGCUGAGACCACCACCCUCAGGGAGCAACAAUUCAAGUUUUGGUUAAGGAGAGAUUCUUUGCCUCAUCCUAAGUUACCUGUGUUUGUAGCUCUGGUGCCAACCAUUGUAAUUCAAUUGCACAAUCACAGGUAGAUGCAUUUAGUCUUUUAGGUUUUCCAUCCUAGUUCCCUUUCUCCCGGAAUCUCUCGGCUAUCUCAUAAGAUGAAUGUUUGAUAGGUAAGAUUGUGUUAUAGAGAAGUGGGAGUUUCACCCUGGUGCAAGUAAUUGCUCCCAAUUAGAUGCUACAAAGUGACGGAAAUUGAAUUUACCUGUAUUCUUUACCCGCAACUGUGGUUUAUACUCCA